AUAUAUGGACAACGAAAAUGUCAUUGUCAUUGUUUUUUCGUCGUCAUCAUCAUCAUCAUUAUUAUCAUCAUCGUAAUGAUCGAAUCGAUUAUUGAAAGUGGUCAAAGUCUUGUGUUGUUGUUGUUUCUGUUGUCGAUUCAUCAAUUUUUGCGAUUUAUUGAUUCGUUUCCAUCAUAAUCAUCCAAAAAAAAACGACGACAUACAAUACUCAUCUCUUCUUAUAUCAUCAUCAUCAUCAUCAUCAUAAUUUGUUUUUUUUUCAAAGUCAACAUCAUUGAAAGAAAAUGAUUAUUUCAUCAUUAUUUACAAUAUAUUGAUCUUGUGUUAUCAUUGAUGCAAUUAAGACGACGCUGAUGAUAUUGUUUCCUCAAGAUAUGCUUAUGCUCAAUAACGGCAGUUUUUUCUUUGGAAAAAAAAAAAAAAUUCCAAUAUUUUUGACGAAAAAUUGAAUUCAAUUCAAUACAAAUUACCGAUUAAUGAUGAUGAUGAUGAAUAAUGACAAUACUCGACAAAAUAGUUGACAAAAAUCAUCAUUACAUUUUUUCCUCUUGUUUAUAAUUAUUGAUUAUCGUUGCAAUUUUUCGUUUUUGCUUGUAAUAUUAUCGUUUGUUAAAGUUUUUUUUUUUUUUCUCAUUCUCAAAAAUUUUGUCCAACAAAAAAAAAUCCAUUCAUUCAACACGAAACAAAAAUGGUAAAAGAAAAACAAGUUCGAACAUAUGACCAGGAUGGUUUUCGUAGACGAGCCGCCUGUUUAUGUGUACAUGAUCCAGAUGAAAGUGAGAUUAUGCUUGUCACCAGUACCCGUGCACCAGAAUAUUGGAUUGUACCGGGUGGUGGUGUUGAACCAAAUGAAGAUCCAACACAAGCCGCUAUUCGUGAAACGGAAGAAGAAGCCGGUGUCAAAGGUGUCGUAAAACGUUCAUUAGGUGACAUCGAGAAUACACAACGAAAACAUCGUACUUCAGUUUUUGUACUUGAAGUUCAUGAAGAACUUGAUGAUUAUGAAGAUUCAAAAAGUCGAAAACGUUGUUGGUUCCCUGUGCAGGAAGCAUUGAAAUUAUUGGCAAUAUAUAAACCGGUCCAAUGUACUUAUAUAAAAUUAAUGAUACAAACAUCAUCAUCACCAAAAUUACAUCUUUUAUUAUCAUCGGAUCAAUUAACGGCAACGACGACGGCAACAUUCAAUGGUCCAUCAUCAUCGACAACAAUAGCAACGAUAAUUUCGAAAAAUAAUAAUCUUAUUGAUUCAUCAUCAUAUUCGUAA